ACUCCAGUGCUGCAGGACUGCAUGAGAGGAACUGAGAUAAUAUCCACACCACCAGCAUCCAUCACCGGAGCUACAGAGCCAUCUCAGCCCGGCUGGUAACGGCACUAUGGCACAAGCCGCCAAACAUCUGCGCAAGAAUAAGGAUUUAGAGGCGCUCGCCGAACAGGAGCGGAAGGAGAAAGAGGAGGAGAAGGCGAAGAAAAGGAGCCGCUCGCGGGAUAAAAAGCGCAAGGCCCACGUCGUUCAUCGCUGGCUAAUCGAUCAGGACAAUAGUGUGAGCUCUGAGCUGCCGGAUGGCCAGGGAGUGUGGCACUAUGAUGAAACAGCUGAUGCUGGCACCAGUUUCCUCCGUGCAGCUCGCUCAGGUAAUCUGGAAAAGGCUCUCGACCACAUCAAGAAUGGCAUCGACGUCAACACAGCCAAUCAGAAUGGACUCAACGGCCUGCACCUGGCCUCGAAAGAAGGCCAUGUUAAAAUGGUGCUGGAACUAUUGCACCACGGUAUUGUUCUAGAGACGACCACAAAGAAAGGAAACACUGCUCUUCACAUUGCUGCGUUAGCUGGACAAGAGCAGGUGGUCACAGAGCUGGUUAACUAUGGAGCCAAUGUCAACGCUCAGUCUCAGAAGGGCUUCACUCCUCUCUACAUGGCUGCACAAGAGAAUCACCUGGAGGUUGUGAAGUUUCUCCUGGAUAAUGGAGCCAAUCAGACCAUUCCAACUGAGGAUGGCUUUACCCCUCUUGCUGUGGCUCUUCAGCAGGGCCAUGAGAAUGUGGUGGCCCUGCUCAUCAACCACGGUACUAAGGGCAAGGUCCGCCUUCCUGCACUGCAUAUCGCUGCCCGAAACGAUGACACCCGAACUGCCGCUGUGCUUUUACAGAAUGACCCAAAUCCUGAUGUCUUAAGCAAGACAGGCUUCACGCCACUCCAUAUCGCAGCCCACUAUGAAAACCUGAAUGUUUCCCAGCUACUUCUAAACAGAGGAGCUGAUGUGAACUUCACACCCAAGAAUGGGAUCACGCCUCUACAUAUUGCAUCCAGGAGGGGAAAUGUCAUCAUGGUCAGACUUCUGCUGGACCGAGGAGCAAAGAUUGAUGCCAAGACAAAAGAUGAGUUGACUCCUCUUCACUGUGCUGCCAGAAAUGGCCAUGUGAGAAUAAUCGAGAUCCUUCUGGACCAAGGAGCCCCAAUACAGGCCAAGACCAAGAAUGGCCUGUCUCCAAUACAUAUGGCAGCCCAGGGUGAUCAUUUGGACUGUAUCAGACAGCUAUUACAGUACAAUGCCGAGAUUGAUGACAUCACUCUAGACCACCUGACCCCACUGCAUGUGGCGGCACACUGUGGACAUCAUCGCAUGGCCAAGGUUCUCCUGGAUAAAGGAGCCAAACCAAACACCCGUGCUCUGAAUGGCUUCACACCACUCCAUAUUGCCUGUAAGAAGAACCACAUGCGUGUAAUGGACCUGCUAUUAAAGCAUUCUGCAUCCCUGGAGGCUGUAACAGAGUCAGGAUUGACCCCGCUGCAUGUGUCCUCCUUUAUGGGUCAUCUGAAUAUAGUGAAGAUACUGAUGCAAAAAGGAGCUUCACCACAUGCCUCAAACGUGAAAGUGGAAACACCUCUGCACAUGGCAUCUCGAGCUGGUCACUGUGAAGUUGCUGAGUUCCUGUUGCAAAACGCAGCUCCAGUGGACGCCAAAGCCAAGGAUGACCAGACGCCGCUACACUGUGCCGCCCGCAUGGGCCACAACGAGAUGGUGAAGCUGCUGUUGGAGCACAAGGCAAACCCUAACUCCACCACAACAGCAGGACACACUCCACUGCACAUCUCUUCCCGCGAGGGACACACACAGACUGCCAGCACCCUACUGGACAUGAACGCCCAGCUCACCAAAAUGACCAAGAAAGGCUUCACUCCUCUUCAUGUAGCAGCCAAAUACGGGAAGGUGGAUGUAGCAGUGCUGCUUUUGGAGAGAGGAGCCAACCCAAAUGCAGCAGGCAAAGCUGGACUCACACCGUUGCAUGUGGCCAUCCAUCAUAACAAUCUGGAUGUGGUCAAUCUUUUGCUCAGCAAAGGAGGCUCACCACACAGUGCCGCUCGGAACGGCUAUGCUCCGCUCCACAUUGCUUCCAAACAGAACCAGGUGGAGGCAGCGAGCAGUUUACUGCAGCAUGGAGCUUCUGCCAAUGCUGAGUCAUUGCAAGGGGUCACACCGUUACACCUAGCCUCCCAGGAGGGCCAAGCAGACAUGGUGCUGCUGCUUAUCUCAAAGCAGGCCAAUGUAAAUCUGGGCAAUAAGAGUGGUCUGACUCCUCUUCACCUCGUGGCUCAGGAGGGGCAUGUUGGCAUUGCUGAUAUACUAGUGAAACAUGGGGCGUCCGUCUACGCUGCCACACGGAUUGGUUACACUCCACUUCAUGUGGCUUGUCAUUACGGCAAUAUCAAGAUGGUUAAAUUCCUCUUACAGCAGCAGGCCAAUGUAAACUGCAAGACCAGGAUGGGAUAUACACCGCUACAUCAGGCUGCUCAGCAGGGCCAUACGGACAUUGUGACACUUCUCCUGAAACAUGGCGCACAACCAAAUGAAAUUACGUCUAAUGGCACAUCAGCUCUUGCCAUCGCAAAGCGCCUUGGAUACAUCUCAGUCAUUGAUGUGCUCAAACUGGUCACCGAAGAAACCGUUUCCAUGACCACCACCGAAAAACAUCGCAUGAGUUUCCCAGAGACAGUUGAUGAGAUCUUGGAUGUGUCUGAAGAUGAAGGAAUUGCACAGCUAACGUUAGGCGAGGAGCUGCUGGGGAACGAGGGUGCCAGGUAUUUGAAGAUGGAGGACAUAAAGGACCAUGAUGAGGAUUUCCUUUCCCCCAAGAAUGUUCUAGAGAAUCAUUCCCCUGCUAUUCCAAGGAUCCCAUGUGUGUCUCCUGAAACAGUCAUGCUGAAAGAACACGAAAUGGAGCAGCAGCACACCCCACUUCCUCUGCCCAAGGAGUACGAUGAGGAUUCGCUGAUCCCCAGCAGUCCGGCCACAGAGACGUCAGACAAUGUCAGUCCGGUAGCGAGCCCCAUCCACACCGGUUUCCUUGUGAGCUUCAUGGUGGAUGCUCGUGGCGGCUCGAUGAGAGGCAGCAGACAUAACGGCCUGCGUGUCAUCAUUCCUCCUCGCACCUGUGCCGCUCCAACACGCAUCACCUGCCGCCUGGUGAAGCCGCAGAAACUUGCCACACCACCUCCUCUGGUGGAGGGUGAGGGUCUUGCCAGCCGUAUCAUCUCUCUUGGUCCAGCUGGCAUGCAGUUCUUAGGGCCUGUGAUUGUGGAGAUUCCCCAUUUCGCGGCACUCGGUCGGGGAGAUCGUGAGCUCGUGGUCUUGAGAAGUGAGAACGGAUCGGUCUGGAAGGAACAUCGCAAUCGUUAUGGUGACGAGGUCCUGGAGACCAUCCUCAAUGGCAUGGAUGAAGAUCUUGAAAGUCAGGAGGAACUUGGGAAGAAAAGGAUCAGGCGCAUCAUCUCGACCGACUUCCCGCUCUACUUUGCGGUGGUGUCCCGCAUCCAGCAGGAGAACGAUCUGAUUGGCCCAGAAGGGGGUUUUCUCGCCAGUAAGCUGGUGCCCAUGGUCCAGGCCAGUUUUCCUGAGACAGCCGUCACCAAGCGUGUCCGUCUCGGACUGCAGGCCCAGCCAGUCCCUGAUGAGCUGCUGGCUAAACUUCUGGGGAACCAAGCCACGUUUGGCCCUGUGGUGACAGUAGAGCCUCGUCGGCGCAAGUUUCACCGUCCCAUCGGCCUGAGGAUCCCACUGCCUCCCUCCUGGAUGGAGAGUCCGCGGGACGCAGGCGAGGGCGACACCACCAGCCUCCGCCUGCUCUGCAGCGUCAUCGGUGGCACGGCUCCUGCCCAGUGGGAAGAUAUAACUGGUACCACCAAACUCCUAUAUGCCAAUGAUUGUGCCAAUUUCACCACUAAUGUCUCUGCCCGUUUCUGGCUGACAGACUGUCCUCGGACCGCAGAGGCCGUGUCCUUUGCCAACCUCCUGUACCGCGAGCUAUCAGCCGUGCCGUACAUGGCCAAGUUUGUAGUUUUUGCAAAGAUGAAUGAAGCACGAGAGGGUCGACUCCGCUGUUAUUGCAUGACUGACGACAAAAUUGACAAAACCCUGGAGCAGCACGAGAACUUCAGUGAAGUGGCUCGCAGCAGAGACAUUGAGGUCAUGGAGGGAAUGCCGCUGUAUUUGGAGUGUUCAGGAAACUUGGUUCCCAUUAGGAAGGCGGCCCAGCAGCCCCGCUGUUUCAACUUCCAAGCCUUCAGAGACAACAGACUGCCUGUGUCUGUCAAGGUGAGGGACAGCAGUAAAGAUCCCUCUGGCUUCUUGUCUUUCUUGCGCAAAUCAACCAAAUACGAAGAUAGUCAGCAUGUGUUGUGCAACCUCAACGUUACCAUGCCGCCAUGCAUUAAGAUUAUAGGAAGUGAUGAGCGAAGGAGAACUCUGACUCCUUUGGCUCUGAGGGAAAGAUACAGUGCUCUAAAUGAACCAGCCAUGGCAUCACUGAGCGCCAUGGAAAGGACGGAGUUAAAGAUGGCUUUAAUAGCUGAACAGCUAGGCCUGAGCUGGGCUGAGUUGGGACGUGAACUGCAGUUUAAUGUAGAUGAAAUAAAUAAGAUCCGUGUGGAGAAUCCCAACUCCCUUUUAGAGCAGAGCUCAACACUGCUCAACCUGUGGGCCGCUCGAGAGGGGAAGAGAGCCAAAAUGGACAGCCUGUACAUGGCCCUCAAGAGCAUUGACCGUAUGGACAUUGUGAACAUGUUGGAGGGCCAGGGACCACCAACAGGUCAGCAGGGGGGCUGGGAGCAAGAUGCUUCCAGGUCUAGGCAUCAUGAGAGAGACCAUCUAUCUCCUGGCAUCACAAAUGGUUACGGGCUGGUGGUACAGGAAGAACUAGUUUCACCGGCCUCCAUGCAGUACAGUCUACCUUCGCCACUGGGCAGUGAGCCCUACUGGCAGGAAGUGUCGAGCAUGGAGUGUGCACCCAUCGCUACCACCGAAGAGGACACACUCAUGGAGAUGUCUGAGGUACAGGUUUGGCCCUCAGGCAAUAGUCCUUCCAUUGUGGCUGUAGAGGACUCUUCACUGGAGUGCAGCAAUGCUGAUGACUCCGAGGCGCUACUGAACAGGAGCCUGGGCAACUCGAGGAGCGGGACUCCCGGUGCAAACGGACCAGUGGGACUUUCUGCUCAGGGAGGGUUAAGUGGUUCCAUCGAGCUACUUGAGGAUCAAUCCAUUGGGGCGGAUUCAGAUUACACUGCUGCUGGGAUGCUGUGUCUGAGUGAAGGGGUCAACAUCAAUGCUCUGGACAGAGGUCAGGGUUUGGAGAGGUCAGAAGGAGCUGUAGGUCAAGAAGUCAGCAACAUUAAAGACGGUUCCAGUGCAGGUUUGGGAGAAGGAGGAGGUGACGGCACAAACUUAGAAGAUAGCAUAUCUCUCAUUUCAGGGCAACAGCGAGUUUAUGCUCGAAUGAGUGAAUCACCUGGGCUAAGAAGACGGGCAGAUCCUGGUGAUGACAGGUUAAGUGGUGGGUCCUUCCUGUCUUAUCUACAGGACCAGGGGGCUCCUGGUUGGCUCUCUGCCCCAGAACCAACCCAGAACAGAGUGGGGUCUCUACAAUGCUCCCUGCCUAGGCAGGCAAUGGAGUCUAUGAUGUCAUCAGUACGAGCCACAGUGGACUGUGAUUCUAAGCAGUCUUGCCUAGCCCAGGAAGCCCUAAUUGAACCAGUGCGGGACAUGGGGCAUUCUGAGAUCAUCCACGGGCAUUAUCAGGGAACUCAACCUUUUGAGAAAGGACUAGGCUUCCCGCACAGAACAGCUAACAUUCGGGGUUGGGAGGACAUGCGUCUAAGAGGACAGGGUGAUGAGGCAGAGGAUCUUCCAGGAGAGCAAGUGAGCGAGGAGCAAUUUACAGAUGAGCAUGGCAACAUCGUCACUAAAAAGAUUGUGAGGAAGGUGGUCCGGAGAGGAAAAGGGGAGGAAGGGGGUCAGGAGCUCAUCAUAGAAGGGCUGUCGCAGGAUAUCAAUGAGCCAGACGUUGAUGGAGAACAGUACAUGAGCUAUGCCAUCCUGGGCCGUGACAGCAAGCCGGAUGUUGUGGAUGUGAAGAGGGGAGGUGCUCAAAUAGUCAAAUGUGCGAGUCUGCGGAGAGUAAAGCAGUGAGUCUGACUCGCUCCUCCCUCCAGGACUUGACACCUACACCCAAACCAUCCUUCACUGACACAUGAUGGGCGUCAAAUAAAGAAGAAAACCGAACUAGAGCAUUGGCGAUAGGCGAUGGAUAUCAACUACGAAAAAGAGAUUUUAGGACUUUUUUAACAAGCAAAACAAACACUAGUGGCUAGAGGCAUGAUUUCUUAAAAAAUGAAACCAAACAAUGAAAAAAAGCAAGCAUUUGAGAAGUGCUUCCUGUAAUCUCAAUAUCAGCAUGUGAAAGUGCUGUCGCAUGGCCUGCCUUUACAUACAGCACUGACUGCAAGCAAUUAUGAGGUGAGAAAAUACUGUCGUACCGCAAGGGCUGUAAAAUGGUGUGGGGAAGGACUUUGGCCAACUGGAUGUGGUUUGGGGGCACAUGGGACACAAAAGCUAGUUUUCUGAAAUGUAGUCUUCCAAGCGAGUCUAGAACACAGUACUGAAAAGGUUUCCCACCAGGAGGAGUCUGACCCUCUUGUACUGGUAUUAUACAUAAUAUGCACUCAAAUAUGAUGUGAAUGUACCUUCUGUGUGCGUGUGUUCUUUUACAAAGCCAAAAACAAAAUGACAACAACCUAUGCGAUGCUGCUGCUGUCUCAAUACUUGCUCCUGAAUUCUUGUUCAGUCCAAUAGUACGUGUCUUGUGUAUUGUAAAGGUAUAAUUGUGUAGCAAAUGAGCUGUGAAGUCCUGUGUUGCCUGAGAUAGACUAGGCUCAAGGGAUACAAUUUGUGCAGUAUAAAUGUUUUCAGUGGGAUACGUACAUUGGACAUACUUUCAAAUCACCGUGGGGCUUUAUAUGUACACGUUUGCAGCGCUGCAGCAAGAUUGUUUUUGUUCUGUAUACAUUGCAAACCUCUGCGUCAUAUGAGCUUCCUCUCAAUAACUUGAUAUGCACAGAGGAGCUUGUAUGCAUAAUAUUAACAUUUACAUUAUCCACCAUUCGCAUUUGCUUUAUAGUGGAAAGAGUCCUUAGGAGCAAAAAAGCAAUAAUUUUAAUUUUUCUCGUUAUAAAUGAUAGUUACAAAGUCUAACCUUUCAGUGAAGUAAAAUUUUCGUAAAAUGUAGAUAAAGGCUGUCAGUAGAUUCAAAUAAUUAUUCACAAUUAAUCUUGUGGUUUGUUUUGUAGGUAAUAAUUCAACCUAUUCCUAAGGAAAGAAAAUAAAUAAAAAUGAUUGGUAACACUUUACAAUAAGGUACGAA